GAAACAAAAUCUCGAUUGGAAGGCGAGGCUCUGACACGUCGAAUGGAAAACACAGGGAGACUGAGUUGAAUUCAUUAUGGGCCUAAGGGAAGUGUGAGAUCGAGACAAAUUUAGAAACCGACAAAAAAUGGAUAGUGUUCUUCAAGAGGCGUCCUUAUACACUGUCAAGGGGGUAGCCAUUCUAGAUAAUGAUGGAGAAAGGAUCUUAGCCAAGUAUUUCGAUGACACAUUUGCAUCCAUUAAAGAACAAAGGGAAUUUGAAAAGAAUCUUUACAAUAAAACUUCAAGGCAAAAUGCUGAAAUAAUCAUGUUGGAUGGUUUCACAAUUGUCUAUAGAAGUAAUGUGGAUUUAUAUUUUUAUGUGAUGGGAUCAUCUCAUGAAAAUGAACUGAUUCUUGCAAGUGUUUUGAAUGCAUUUUUUGAUGCUGUGAAUCAAAUGCUAAAAAAGAAUGUUGAGAAAAGAUUUCUUUUGGAUCAUCUUGAUGCUAUCUACUUGGCAAUUGAUGAGCUAGUUGAUGAAGGGGUUAUCCUUGAAGCUGAUUCAAACAACAUUGUUCAAAGAGUUGCAAUGAAAAUGGAAGUUGAGGUACCACUAUCAGAGCAAACUGUUGCACAGGUUAUACAGACUGCAAAAGAUCAACUGAAAUGGUCCUUAUUAAAAUAAAAAAAACAUUUUGUUCGUAAUUAUAUUAAUUUAGGCAUAUCAAUAAGACAAUAUGACACCAGCCCUUUGUGAGCUGAGAAAUUGGUGUGGACUUGACUCAAAAAAUUAGCAACUUUUAGCUGAGAUUUACUCAUAGUACAUAAGUACAGUGGAACCUCCAUUAACAGGCACCUCUUGAAAACAGAUACCUUCAACAAUGAACAAUGAUCCAAGUGUUCAUUAGAUGGAGGCUCCACCACUGUUAAAGAAUUAUCAGGAAAUCUCAUAAAAUGCAAUUUGUUAUAAAUAAUCCCCUCCCCCUGAAGAAUAACUUUUCCCCUCAAACAUGACAUAACCUGUCUUUAAGGUAGUAAGCUAAAUGUUAUGCACACACUAAUAUGAAAACAAACAAAACUAGUGAUGUAAAUCCUUCUGAAGAAUAGUGAGUGAAUUCUAUCAAGUGGGCAUUCUAACAUAGAUCGAUUUCUUUAAUAUUUGCUUAAAGUGGUCAUUGUAAAUUGUUUUUUCAGUACAUCUAUCUGAUGCCAUUGUUAAAAUGAAAAAAUUCCUGAUAUACUGAGGAUAUCCUUUAGUUCAAAUUCUCUCUCAUUCUCCUAAAAGUUUUUACUUUCUACCAUAAUGAUUGAUAUAAUGACAUUUUGUUUAGAUGUUUGGACAGUUUAAUUAAGAUAUUGAAGUAUUGAGAGCAGUCCCAGUUUUGAAU